AUGAUGUACUUUAUGUUUUUAUUUGGUUUUUGUUUUGUUUUUUGAAUGGUGGGUGUAUCUUGUAAUCCGUCUCCUUAUUAUGGGGUUUUAAGUUUAGUCUUAGGAGCAGCUUCUGGAUGUGGGGUGUUGGUUGGUAUAGGAGGAUCUUUUAUAUCUUUGGUAUUGUUUUUAAUUUACUUAGGGGGGAUGUUAGUGGUUUUUGCUUAUUCAUCUGCGUUGGUGGCUGAGCCUUAUCCUGUUGGUUGGGGGAGUUUAGGAGGGUUGGUUUAUGUGGUGGGGUUUGUGUUGCUUGUUUCAGGUCUUGUGAUUAUAGGUUCUUUUUUGUACGGUGUGGAAGGGUUUGGAGAAGCUACGGCGGAUGGUGUUGGAUUGUAUGUUAUUCGUUUGGAUUUUAGUGGAGUUUCAUGGUUUUAUUAUUAUGGUAGUGUGAUGUUUUUGAUUUCUGGUUGAGGGUUGUUGUUAACAUUAUUUGUUGUGCUGGAGAUGGUUCGAGGCUUGUCUUGUGGGACGUUGCAUUCUAUUAGG